GGGCCCUGUCCUUCUCCCAUGCCUCUUGCUCUGGUAGAGCCGGGCCAGCGGGGUCGCGGAUGGAGAGAAGCCUUCUGCUAGGGGUAGGAACUUACAAAAAUUAAGUGUAAAGAAGCCCAACUGAACUUGCAAAAUGGCAGGCUUCCUAGACAAUUUCCGUUGGCCUGAAUGUGAAUGUAUAGAUUGGGGUGAAAGAAGAAAUACAGUUGCUUCUGUGGUGGCUGGGGUCUUGUUUUUUACAGGCUGGUGGAUAAUGAUAGAUGCUGCAGUAGCUUAUCCUAAGCCAGAACAAAUGAACCACGCAUUUCACACUUGUGGAGUAUUUUCCACCCUAGCUUUUUUCAUGAUAAACGCUGUAUCAAAUGCUCAAGUAAGAGGUGACAAUUAUGGUGAUGGAUGCUUAGGAAGAACAGGUGCUCGUGUCUGGCUCUUCAUUGGCUUCAUGUUGAUGUUUGCCUCACUUAUUGCUUCUAUAUGGAUCCUUUUUGGAGCAUAUGUUACCCAAAAUAUUAAUGUAUACCCGGGAUUAGCUGUGUUUUUUCAAAAUGCUUUGAUAUUUUUUAGGUCUAAAUUUCUGUUUUUGUAGUACCCUUAUCUACAAAUUUGGAAGAACAGAAGAAUUGUGGGCCUAAGAAUCUGUUUUUCUUCAUCCUGCAUAGCAACUUUUUAUGUAAAUAAUAUAAUUUACAUUUUGUUUUUAUUUUGCCAAGCUCAUUGAAUUAUAAAUUUUGUAUGCUUACUUUUUUUUUUUGAAAAGUGAACUGAUUUUAGGAUUUUGUUCCAAAUUUUUAGUAGAACAAAUUUGUUCAUAUGUAUAUAUUACGGUUAUCUGUAACCUAUGACCUAACCCUUCCAUUUUUAUUGCAGCUGGCAUUAUUUUGUAGGGAAUAUUAUAAAUAUAUAGGUUUUUCAAGAACACCUACUGCUCUUAAGCGCAAAUAAGUCUACAAGUACCUUUUCAGAUGGCAUCAGCCAAGAGGCAAAGAUUUAGUGAUGGAAAAGUGAGAGACUGAAAUGUAUCAUGAAUAGUUAAUCUGCAAGAUUCCAUCAUUAUAUGGUAAUGCAUGACUACACUUCUUUAAGCUUCAAUUUUUAAAAAAAUGAUUGUGUAAACAAACACCAUAUUCCAGAAUGUUAUUCAUAUAAUUGUAAUUUCAAAAGUUUGUGAAUAGCAUAUGAUACUGCAAAUGCGCUAAGAGCUUUCUUUUUUAGCACAGCAUGCCUUAAAAUGGGAUGGUCCCUAAAAGUGCUGAUAGAUUUGACAUUGUAACAAAAAUCUACAUGAAAUUUUACAGUAUUCAGGCAUUUUGUUAAAUAUUUUUUAUAAUAUCACUUAAGAUUCUGUUCAUAUAUUAUUUAUAAAUAGAGAUUGCAAUUAUUUUAAUGCAGAAUUGCUGUGUAUUUUAUAUGCUUAUGCAAUAUGCUGAGUAAGGGAAGUUUUAUGUUUAAAAAAAAAUUCAGGAACUAUUUUAUUGUUUACUUGAUUAGGAUAAUUUCUGUGUAUCUUUAGAGGUGAUCUAGAUUCCAAACGAAAAGGAUCAGUAGAGAGAGAGUAUAUAUUUUUAUUACAACAUAUGGCAAGACUAUCAUCUUAAAUUUUUUCAAAAAAAUUUAGAUAUUUAAUUUAUAUAAAUGAACAUGUAUGCAAAGCAGUGACAUGUUAAUCUGUAUACUGAAAAUUAUGGCAUGCUAUAUAUAUAUAAUUUAAAGAUUCUGUUAAAUUAUGAAUACUCAAGUUCCUCUACAGUCUGACUAUAGAAGGUCCUACUGAAGCAGAUAUUCCAGCUUUCCUAUCUUGCAUGCCUUUGACUUUUCCCAUAGCUAGAAAAUAAACUUGGCCAGGUAGUUAUCUCUUAAAGACUUUCUUAGCCCUCUCAAAGGACAGACUAUGAAGCAAACCUGACAUGCUAAGAGUUGUCCUGUUUCUUCUUUCUUGGAGCAGACCAUAUUAGAAAGAUUAAACUAUUUUGUUUAUUGUAAAUACAUUAAAGUCAAAUAAUCAGCAAUAUAAAAAUGGUUUGUUUUGUAUAUUAGCAUGAUUUUAUGAGAGGAUCCCACAGGAGUGCUUCUUUAUCUUACCUGCAUAUUAUCAAAAGGUACAAUUGCAGUAGAAAUGGGGUCUCUAGUACACUGCCUAUGGGUUUUCUCCUUG